GUCCCUUAACAGUAAUGACUUGGGUGCUUUACAAUACAAAUAACUGUUUUUAACUGAAAGCGAACUCCGCUUUUAUCGGUGCAUUAACGAAGUUGGUUAAUUGUUGUAUUGUAGUUUCUAAAUCUGUUGACAACAGCUAUACCGACAAAAAGAAUAUUAUCUGAUAUGUGUGUUGUUGCUGCUGAAACAGACAACUGAAACGCUGACAUCCCAGUAUUCUGAAACUGAUAAAGUUACAAGAGAAAGACAAAAAAUGAAACUGGAAGUUUUCUACAGGAGCAGCACUGAGGAGAAGCCCUUGGAGGUGGGCAGCGAUGCUGAGGCCAGUAUCCCUUCUCCGCUUUCCGGCGAAGAAGAGCUAGGUUCAGAUGGGGACUGCGUGGCAAAUAGCCCUGCACCUGCUAACGCUGUCGCUGAUGGAAAGGGCAAGCCCUACACCAGGAGACCCAAACCGCCAUAUUCCUACAUCGCACUGAUUGCCAUGGCAAUUAGAGACUCUACAACUGGACGUCUCACUCUGGCUGAGAUCAACGAGUACCUGAUGAAGAAAUUCCCUUUUUUCAGAGGAAGUUACACCGGGUGGAGGAACUCGGUACGCCACAACCUGUCGCUGAACGACUGCUUUCUGAAAGUGCUUCGGGACCCUUCCAGACCAUGGGGCAAGGACAACUACUGGAUGCUGAACCCAAAUAGCGAGUACACCUUUGCCGAUGGGGUAUUCCGGCGCAGGAGGAAGCGAAUCAACAAAAAAACUACCAAAGACCAGGAGGGUUUAGAUCACACUGUCAAUGAGGAGCUACCCAGUUCCAUCGCCACUGCCUCGGUUGUUAAAGAUGAGAGAGCAGCGACCACGUUUUCAAGCUCCUUUGCUAUUGAUAGCAUCCUGAGCAGACCCUUCAAAAGAAAAGAGACCACCCAGUCUGAGCCUUGCAGUGGUACAGUGUUGUGCCCUAAUAGCAACCCCUUGAUGCCUUAUCUUGUGUCAUAUCCACCUGCUGCUGUAGCUCACAUUCAGCCGGUGUUUCCAAUCAACCCCGGUGCCUCGCAUUUGCUGCAGGCGUACAGGUAUGGCUUAUCGGACCUCCUAGGAGCAGACCACCUUUUUAACUAUUUGGCAACAGACGGCUUACCCAACUCUGAGGUUUACCCUGCCUUCCGAAUGCCAGCUGCUGUGCGAGCGCCAACCAGCAGUUGCCACUCAUUCAAAAUUGACUCUUUGCUUGGAUGACUGGGACAGAGAAGAAAAAGGAAGCAUUUUUCCGGAGCACUUUCUUAAAGACUAUACUGUAAUGUGUUCGAUAACUAAAUGCAUCUCAUUGUAUUGACUUGCUUGACAAUCAGUCGCUUGAGACUGAGAGCGUAACAUGUUUUCUUUUUCUCUCUUUUUUUUUUUUGUAUUUUGUUGUUGCUUGACAACCAGUUUUUCUGGUCACUAUAAAUUAAGGAUGAAACAAAUUCAGGGCAUUACAAUAAGUUAUAGUUUUAACAUACCUUUUAAAACGAUUUGUUUCUGCUGCAAACGAUGGCACGAUUGUGCCAAAAUGUAGAACAGUCAGUUUUGCCUUUUGGUUUAUUAUUAUUAAUGUUAUUAUAUUUUUAUUUAUGUUUUAUUGCAAACAUUUUUUUUUUUUAAAUGACGGGCUGCAGCGUUUUGUGGUUUAAGUAAAGGCUGAUGUUAGUAGUGACAAAGCUCGAAUCGAGCUAUAUAGUUGUACACACUUUGUACUGUUUUAGAAAGGGACCACUGCCAAUGUAAUCCAGGCGAUUGUGUAUAUUUUCUUUAAUUAUGCAUGAGCGUUAUUUUAUAAUAAAGUCUUUUA